UUCGGUCUCCCGGUUUAUCCACUCGCAACCGUGCCCGCGCUCCUCAACCCCGGCACGCCUACGAUCGAUCCGCGACUUUCCUAUUGCACACGCGCAUACACACAUUUGACAGCAACAAUGAAGUUUUCGGCUCCCUGUGGUGGGAAUCAGUCCGUACAGCGGAAACUGGUGCUUCUAGGAGAUGGUGCGGCUGGAAAGACGAGUCUGCUGAAUGUGUUUACGAGAGGGUACUUUCCUACAGUAUACGAACCAACGGUUUUCGAGAACUAUGUCCACGACAUUUACAUCGACGACACCCACAUCGAACUAAGUCUCUGGGACACGGCAGGACAGGAGGAAUUCGACCGAUUACGGAGUCUGUCAUAUGAUGAUACCCAUGCGAUAAUGCUAUGCUUUAGCGUCGAUUCCCCUCAAUCGCUCGAGAACGUAGAAACAAAAUGGAAAGCCGAAAUUGCAGAGAACUGCCCGGGAGUCAAGCUUGUGCUUGUCGCGCUCAAAUGCGAUCUGCGCAAGCGAGAAGACGAUGACGGGGAUGAUGAAAACACAGAACCUGCGCAGCUCAUCAUGUACGAAGAGGGGCUCAAGGCUGCAGAGAGGAUAAAGGCGCUGCGAUAUAUGGAAUGCUCAGCGAAAAAGAACCGUGGCGUCAACGAGGCCUUUACCGAAGCCGCGCGUGUCGCCCUCCAAGUCAAGACCAGCAAAGACAAGGAAGGCAGCUGUGUCGUCAUGUGAGAAGACUAUCCUCUCAUAAGACGCAUUCAACGAUACCCGCCCAUCACAUCACUACAAACUCAAAACACCCGACACAUAUUCCCGUACCAGCCAUGCCGAGCAUACAUAUAUACACACAUU